AUGAUCGCACCCGAUCAAGAUACCUACGACCAGCAUUGGCAGGACACAGUAGGAGAUUUACGGCAUUUCCGCUGUCAGACUUGCAAAGUUGUAUUCCGCACCGGGCAUGCUCUUGAGCAGCACUCCAAAGUCCACAGACCGGCAAACAUCACAUGCAUAUUCUGCCCCAACAACUACCGCUCUCACUCCGACAUGAUCCGUCAUAUUGAAGCAAAUGGCUGCCAGAACGCCUCUAUCGAAUCCAUUCGAGCCAGAAUUGCCAGUAUACGUCCCUAUGGCUUCUGCAUGAAAAACGAAUCACUGGAUUUCUUUUACGACUAUGGAGACUUUAAGCCUUACGACAAGCCUUAUGAGUGCGCCCAGUGCGAUCGCUUCUUCAAGGAUUUGGGGAGCUUGACCUCGCAUCUUGAGAACAGUGCGAGUUGCGAAGUCGGUGUGCACGGGAGAUUCUUCGAAACCAUUCUCGCUGCGUUGAGGGAUGAGCAUUAUUGGGUACUCUGGCCGUGA